GAGUAAGUGCGCAGGGGGACGCUGGGCACCGAGCUGGCAGACAGGACGGGUCGCUUGGCGAGGCGGGUCUGUUGAGUGCUACCCGUGUCUAUCUGUACUGCCGGACGAUGAAGACAGCUGCUGCACUGGCUGUGUGCCUCUGGGGGGCGCUGUCUCUGUGUGUCAGUGCUCAGAGCUCCACAUGGAGCCUCAUGCAAGAGGCGGCAGUGAGCUGGACAGGUGACCUGCCAUGCGCUGGGUGGGACUGCAAGUGUGCGUUCUCUCGCCAGCGGGGCUGCUGUUGUGUUGCCAGCCGCUACAACGCCCUGGAGGAGUCCCUCUUCACGAAGUUUGGGGACUUGUUCACAGCCCUGGGAAAGCUGAAGGCUGACAUUAACGAGGUCACAGGAGACGUGAAGGUGGCGUUCACUGCAGCGAUGGAUUCCUCAGCUGGCUGUUACGGUCCCUUCACCAGCAGCAUGCCCAUCCCCUACAACACUGUCCUGAUCAACCAGGGGCAAGGGUACAAUCCUGCACUGGGAGCCUUCACCGCGCCCCGGACCGGCCUGUACUCCUUCUCCUUCUCGGCCUACUCCAACGUGGGCGCAGCCGGUAACCGGCUCUACCACCAGGUCAGCCUGAUCCGGAACAGCGACGUGGUGGCCUCAGUGUGGGAGGACAACCGCGAGGACUCGGAGGACAGCGGCUCCCAGACCGUGCUGCUGCCACUGGCCGCUGGGGACCAGGUCUACAUCCGCCUGCUGUCCGGCAGACAGCUGUGUGGGGACACCAACCAGCACAACACCUUCUCUGGCUUCCUGGUGUACCCCACCCUGCAGAACUGACACUGAGACAUGCUGACACACGCUGAGACAUGCCGACACACCCGACACAUGCUGAGACACGCUGACGCACACUGCAACACACUGACGCACACUACAACAUGCUGACUCACACUAAGACACACCGACACACUGACACAACAUGUUCUCUGGCUACCUGGAGUGCCCCACCCUGCAGAACUGACACGAGACACACUGAGACACGCUGAAACCCGCUGAGACACGCUGAGACACACCGA